UACUUUUCGGAGUUUACCACUAACACCGCUCGUAACCUCUCAGCAGAUUCCAAGUGCCCGGCCAUCUACUGAGAGACCACCAUUAUCUCCGCGUGUUCCCGUCAAUUCUAACAAACCACUUCCAUCUCCGCCUCCGCCGGGCACUAUAGACAAAGUCGAUGGCAGGCCUCGCAAGCCUGUUUUAAAACUACAUCGCAUCAUGGCAGCAUUGACCGAUACCGAGAUCGAGAAGUUAUUCUCCGGAGCUCCGCAAUUCUUCGCUCGGUCUCAAGGCCACGGCACCGGUGCCCCGCAUCCAUCCGUGGCUUUCCCCUGGAAUGAAGAAUUAAGCAUCAGAGACCUAACCGAUCAUGUUCAAAUAGGGGAUAAUGCCUGGGGCUGCGUCACGGCCGGGCCUCGCAUCAUUCUCCGAGAUCCCUUAUCCGUAGCUUCACCAUCUAGCAAGAAGCGGCCUCACUUUAAUGCAAGGUGCCAGGAGCGACCAAACAUGCUUAGCAUGCAAGGUUCAGAGAAAGGCACCAUUGGCUAUCAGGCUGCCUUGGAAAUUUUUAUUGCCGAUGCCCUGCAGGAGGAGCAGUACGGCUUCAACAGCUUAGGAUCUAAGGGCCGUGUCAUUGUAGAGCAGCGCCAGAGGUUGAUAACCUCCAAGGAUGGCUUGCGACAUCUCGAGAAUUCAGCUAUCAUGGAACAAUUAAUUAAGUGUGAGGAGAGGUAUCAGGCUGAGCGAAGGGGUGUUCGCACGAAAUCCCGGGAGCUUUACGAUGAGCUAUUCUCCAAAAUUCUCCUUCCGCCAACAAAAGUCAUCGACCCCAGAGAUCCUUACAGUUUGGCUGUUCAGAUUCAUGCCUUGGUGAAGGUACUGGCGGCGCCAAAUGCUUGGACCGACUUUUCCCGUGUCGAAUGGAGGAUCCGCCUUGGCCAAAUUUUGUGGGCCUUCCCGUUGGAUGAUGAGAUCUUGGACGGGGCAACUAUCAACGAAGGAAACGAUGCACAAGAUCGGAGCGAGGAAAGAUAUUGGCUUCUGCUUCAAAUUCUCAUUGCCUGCGAACUCCUCAUUCGAUUAGACGCCAUCACGGAGGGCGAUGAGUGCGGUGUAGGCCAAAGCCUUAAGGCGUCUGAGAUACACAAAUUUGAAAAGGAGGCAAAUGUCUCUGUUAGAUGGUCCUUGAUUCUAGCUCGAUCGUGGCUCGAAAAUAUCAGGGUUAAAAAGCAACAGGAUAACCAUUCCGAAUCAUCCGCGCCUAAAGGAUGGCUCUCUUCUUUGACGAGCAGGAUAAAUCUUAAGCACGAGCACAUGUACGGGGCGCAUUAUGUUGACCAUACCCAGCAUCGUCAUAACCUUCAGUCCGAGCAUGUGUAUACGAUAGAAGGUAAAUACAGCGAGCGACAGGUUUACGGCUUAAUGCAUUUCGCACGAAAGCUACGAUGGCCAGGUAUACAAUAUUCUGGCACAAACUUAUCUGAAAGGGCUAUGGCAUUGGCUAAAGCGACCCCCGUCAUUACGCUUCCCCUUGAUUACGAUUCCCGUCGCUCCUCAUACUUCUCCGAUGAUGCAUCAUCGGUACGCGAGAGGAGACAACCAUCUAGACAGAGGAAUACCAAAGCUGCAUUGCAUGCGUCUGGUUGGUUUUCGAAAUCAUAUGUAUCUGGCUUAAUCCUACCGGGUGAAAUGUUAUCGCACCAUCUCAUGUCCACUCUACUCGAAGUUGAUGAAGAGGUAUUGACGAGGCUCGGUCCGGUGGCAAAUCUUAGUGGUGGUUUUGUCUACAGUGGGAAGAGUUUCUGGAGCACGGCCUGCAUCGUGGGCCGCGUCUUGGCUGCUGGACAGGGUGCGGCAGAGUGCAUGGGCUGGAUAUCGAGUGAUGUGAUUCCUCAGGGACUUGGUGACGGCUGGUUUGAUAUUGCAGUUGAUGCCAUCCCAGCCGAUCUCGCCCGUACCGGAAGAAAAGCCAGGAUAUGGGGGAAAACAACCAUCGAACGCGAAUCAGAUGUUCUUGGUGAUGCUGAUCCUUCAAGUGUACUGCCCGCCGACUUUAUAAUCCCGUACGAAAACGCGUAUCCCAAUCCACCUCCAUCGAAUAUCAGAAUAGAGCUCAAAUCGUUAAAUCUAAAUGCUCCGGUAGACAGCGUAACCACAACCCCUACUACGGAUAGAAGUUUCCGCCCGCUUUCGGGUUUAAACCAGGAUGCAGGCGCAGAUAUUCAGACAUACCCUGCUUCUGUAAGUUUUACAAUGUCCCACGAUGGCCUCGAACGAGACGAAGAACACAGCUUUACGCUUUCCAACGACGUUUACUUUGUUACGGCUCACCCUUGUGUCGCCUCUUCUUAUGUAAAGUAUUUUAAAUCACCUACCAGCCCUACUAUUCAGCAAAUAGACGUCGGAGGCCACAAUUUCAGUGAAAAAUCUUCCAGUCCGGCACAUAUCACAGGUCACCCACUUCAUCGAUUCUAUCAUUAUACAGCAAUCCAUUUAACAGAUCUUAUAAAUCACCAAUCUGCAAGUCUGGAGGAACUAUUGAGCAAAGUACCAGUAAAAGGUCAUUCGAGAAGCCACUCCUCCAUCUCCAUCUCCAAUAGGCUUCCCCGGUUCCUGGUAAUUGAUUGUGUGACAGGCUUUGCGCCACCACAAUCACCGGACAUGCUUUCACUGUCCCGUAUGUCUUCUCUUUCAUCAUCAUUUGGUAUGGAAGCUACCAAUAUGUCACCAUUACGGACCUCUAGUUCGCUCGAGCUAGAGAGACGACCAAGCACAGCAGCAUCAUCCCUCAGCAAGAUAGAGAGGAUCAACCCGCCAAGCUCUAGUCCCGAGGCCAAGAUGCAACUCGGAACGCGUAGGAGACAGUUCGGGUCCGACCUCGAAAUCCUUGUCCGCGCUCUGUGCGCCGAGAGGGGUUGGAACGCUAUAAUCAGCCGCCGUAGGAGGGGCUGCUUAUCUUGUGCCAUAAGAGAAGCGGGGGCUCUCGGAUGGAAAGUCAUUAUCCGAGUUGAGUAAAUAAAGCAUCGAGCGAGGAGUAUUAAUAAAGAAAGCACGAGAAAGCAGUUUUCGAGUCCCACACGGACUAUACAAAGUUUUGGUUUUCUUGGUGUGGGAU